UCAUCUUUGUGUUUAGUGUUUACGUAUUUCGAAAAUAAAAGCGUGCUUAGUUUUUCAAAUGCUUCUAACCAGACAGUGAAUAAGCUGGAUGCGCAAGUAUGGAGUGUGAAACUCGUGACAGCAGUAGCUCCGAUGAACUGGAACACUCAGAGGAUGAAACAGAAAUACAAAAGGAGCUGGUGGAAAUGCUUGACACAGCUGAACGUUUAGACGAUGAGAGAUAUUCCCCCUUAAUGAUUGAGAGGUUGAAACAUCUGGAGAUUCUGUUGACCUUUGACAUCCCAGACACACACUGCAUUGAGCAUAGGUUCGACAGACCACCCAAUGAAAGUGAGGACGAGCGUUUCGAGAGUCUGGGAGUCGAAAUAAAACGUGGGUACUUUGACCCGAGUGAAGAUGAAAUAAUAAAAAGAAACUGGGAGUCAUUUUCUAAGAUAUAUCAUUUUGAAGAUCCACAACUGUUCUUCUCACUUAAACACCUACAGCCAAGGCAGAAGGUGAAAUUUGUGCAGUAUCUUGGUCAUGGCUUACCCAAGAGGAGACUGUAUAGCAUAUUUACCAGAUUUAUAAAUCUGUAUAGAGCAAAAUGGGUAGGAAGGUUCACAAAGCAUGAGGACAAGCUAAUAAAAAUGUAUAUGGAGACGAAGGGAAAAAAUAAGUACAAGGAACUUGCAAAAAUCCUUGGUAGGGAUAGGAUGUCAGUCUACAGGAGGUGUGUGCUUCUGGCGAAGAAUGGAGAAAUUCCAGAAAAAAUUGUUUGGACGUACGAAAAGGUGGAGGAAAUGGUGCGUCUGCUGGUAACUGUCUGUGGUGUUGACCAUGUGGAGGAAUUUCGUGGACAUCUGAAUAUCAAACAUCAAUUUUGGGAUCUUGUUGGCAUUCGUAUGGGUUUACCGAAAGCUCGUCUAGUUCGCUUCUGGAGGUGCAAGCUAUAUACACAGAUUUUUGCAAAGAGACCCAUCACUCGUAAUGGUGUAUCCAUUCACAUAAUUAAUUGGUUAAGGAAAGCCAAGAUAAAGUACUGGCAGAACAUAAGGUGGAAAGAAAUUGGAAAGGCAUACGAUGAAGGUGUCACAGGAGAGUUCCUUGCAGUGAUUUUCUACUCUCUAGUGCAACGUAGGGUGCCAAAGCAAUAUUGGCACAAAGUUAAAGCCACUCUGCACUGUUUGAAGCAGAUACUUCCAUUACUUGAAUGCAGACGAGACAGGAGAUUGCAGAGACUGCAAUUUGACAGGGACUGUAAGCUCCAUUUAGUUCACGAUCAGGAAAACUGUGAUACAAGUGCCUGUUAAAUGAUGCUGUUAUUGUUUUGUACAAAGUUUUCUACUUAUUUAUAAAAAAAUAUUUAUAUUUUUCAA